UCGCGAUCGUAAUAGGCGGGCAAGUUUACGUCGUUUACGAUUGCAAUGUGUAAUCACUAGGUUAGGUUUCUCGUGGUAGCCGAGACAUCGUGUUGCUGAUGCGUGGCCAGAGGUACAAAUUUGCGCCGAUAAACACAACUGUGGAACAGUGACCGGCCAGCCGGUCAGGCACGAGAGGACAGAUAACGCCGGCGUGACAGCUUGUCUGCACGUCGAGGUGCCGAAAGCACGUGGCGAGGUUAAGUCAUGGCGAAGUACCUGAUACAGAUCAUCGUGAUGGGUACGCAGGUCGUCGGCAAAGCGUUCGCGCGCGCGUUACGCCAGGAAAUCGCGGCGAGCCAGGAAGCGGCGCGGCGAGCGGGCGGUGGCAGUCAGGGAGCGCAACACGUUGCCACCAACGUCAGGACUGGUCUCACCCUGGAAGAGGCCCUACGCAUCCUGAACGUGGAGCGUCCUGACCAGACAGAGUUGGUCGAGCGAAACUACAAAUAUCUCGUGGAGGCUAAUGACAAAUUGAAGGGCGGCUCGUUCUAUCUUCAGUCCAAGAUUGUCCGUGCCAAGGAACGCAUUGACGAUGAACUGAAAAAUCAAAAGGAAACGGCGACUCCACCACCACCAACGUCGCAGGAAGCUUCGACGAGCAGUCGAGAAACUUCUAGGCAGCCAUGAGAUUUGUUCCUAGUCUAAAUUUACUUAUUCUAACUCUAGACAACUGUACAUAAUGUCGUAAUAAACAAUAGAUUCUGAUAUUAAUUAACGUGGUUUCAAAGUAUAGCAUGUUGUUUUUCUUUGUCCAACAUAGAAAUUUGUAAAUAUGUAAUAUGAUCUUGGAAAUGUUGAUUUUAAAAUGUAUAUUUUGAACGCACAAUGUUUGAAACUUUUGUGAGAAUAAAAUGUUAGUUUCUAUAUUAA